AUGCGCGCCUUGUCAGUGCUGCUAUCAGCAGUCACCCUCCUACCGCUGCUCACGCGAGCCGCCUUCCACUCGAACAACACCGCGUGCACCCGUCACUAUACCGUACAACCUGGCGACACAUGCGACAAGAUCGGUCAAAAGACCCUCACCUCCACCUACCAGAUCCUCGCCUUCAACUUGCUCGAUGCUGGCGCCGACUGUUACACGCUCGAAAUCGGCAGCCGUCUCUGUCUCGGUCGCUACGGCAAUGACUGCCAAUUUGUUCACCAGUGCUCAGAGCAGGACACCUGCGAAAGCAUCGCCAACGCUUACUCCAUCACUACCGAGCAUCUGCAGAGUAACAAUCCCAGCCUGGACUGCGAUGUUGUAUACCAAGGCUUGAUGCUCUGCGUUAGUGCCGGAAGCAUUCGUCCUCCAGCCGACAGCAGUAUCAAUGCCACCGAUGUUAAGGCUGCUAGAGAGAAGGCCCGGCAGAUGUGGCUCACCAAGCAGAUAGCCAACGACCAUUUCUCGGCGCCACACUCGACCAAGGCUACCAAGCAGAUAGCCAACGACCAUUUCUCAGCGCCACACUCGACCAAGGCUACCAAGCACUCUUCCCACCCGUCACACGCUGACAAGCAUCACCAACACGCCCCCACCGCGAAAUCUAAUCACAAGUCAAGCGCGCACAAUGCAGACUCGCUUCCGCAAGCCGUUGUUGAGAAAUCACCCUCACCAAAGCAGCGCUGGCCACCACGCGAAUCCCAUCAAGCGCCAUCAUCUUCCUCAGCACAAGACCUUGAGGUCCUCGUCAUCGACAACCUCUACAAUUCGGCACCGCUCGGCUCGAAUCAUACCCCAAAUCACCAAGAUCAACAACCGCCACUGGCUGGCACCCAUCCUACAUCACAUAGGCGUCAUCGUUCGCUUUCGUCUCGCUCGUAUCAUCAGAGAUCGCAUACCCCUUGA